UAACACCAAGCUACUUUGACUUCCACCCCUUUCCCAACCUGUCACCCGUUUGCCUCUCCUUGCGGUCUCACUCUCUCUCCUCACCUCAACUCGCCCUCUGUCACUUUGAGCAGAACCAAACACACAAAAACCAGGUCAGCAAACAGCUCAAGCCGCCUUUCUGCCUUUUGCUGUCAACUUCCACUCAUGUGCCAGAGACACUCCUAAAAACUCUUAUCAAAGAACUGUUCCUGCCUUGAUCAGUAACUGUCAGAGGUAUAUAUAUAUAUAUACAUAUACAUUUUUUUUCUGUUCCUGCUGCUGUUUUUUUUUUUUUUCUAAAUUGAUCUUUAUAUUUGCUUAUGUGUUGGCCCUUUCCACUUGUCAGAUACACCUGUAGGGGAUUCCUACCCUUCCCCCAUUUGAAUUUCUUAACCAUCACAAAUUGACAAUACACAACUAAUUUCUUCUGUUUCUAUCCCUGCAAAACUAAAAAUCAACUCAACGACUAAACAGAAGCAGGAUAUUCAGCUGGGGUUGCUCUCUGUUUCAAACAAAAUGUGGUCAACUUUUUUUGUGACGGAUGAGGAGGGCCGCACUGUGGUCCCUGGAACAGCAGGAGCAGGUGGAAUGGUUGCACCAGGAGGACCACCACAAGGUGCAGGGGGCCUGGCCAGUUUAAUGGGCGGACGCAGCACCUUUGGUGGGAACAAGCGCCGCAGGACAACGUCAGCUGGGCAUGCCAUAAGUGAAGCUCAGGAGGGUAAGAUCAAGCUGGCCUUCUUUGUGGCCAUAGUGGGUGUCAUCCUAACAGUACUUGGAGUCGGGACAGAGUUCUGGGUGGAACUGGCACCGCCGAAGAAUUUUUAUAACAAUCAGACUUGCCUGACAGCUCACUAUGGUCUGUGGAAGGGGUGCACCAAGACCCUGUGGGUGGCUGAUAUCGACCCAGAACGUGAAAGCUGUGGACCUGCAGAGCUGCCUGGAGAAUCCAACUGCACCUCCUUCAAAUUUUUCACCACAGGGGAAAAUACUGUCAUGUUUCAGAAGACAACAGAGAAGAAUUUGAAUGUGGCUGCAGCAAUGUUGGCCCUGUUUAGCCUUUUCCUGAUGUUGAUGGGGGCCAUCUGCAUCACCAUGUCUCUCAGUAAAGAGAUCCUGUUCUUCCUGAAGCCAGCAUCUAUAUGCUUUAUUCUGUCAGGUGUUCUGGUGCUCCUGUCUCUCAUGGUUUUCCACCAGUCUGUCCUAUCUUUUUUGGCCAGUGACCACACUAUUCCUCUCCACCAUGAGCUCUCCUGGUCUGUGUCAUGUAUCGGCUGUGCAGGCGCUGUUCUGAUUGUGGGUGGAAUCCUCUUCCUGCUGCUGGCGCUGCCCUGUAGCCCUUGGCAGAGGUGUCUCCCUCAUAAGGAAGGCAGCAGUUAGUGGGUUUGAGGUGAUGACUUGUGCACUUUAUCUGCCCCAGUUGAAAGGAAGGAGGGGGUGGGGAGGUGAGGUGAGGUGAGGAUGUUUCCCUGACAUAUCUAAGUGAAAGAUCACCAUAUAGGAAUUUGAAACAGUGGAGAUUUACUGAGAUAUUUAGUAUUUAUGAAAAUAUGGCAGACACUGAUGUAUUUUCAUUUAAAAUAUUCUAAUUCUAUGGGAUUUUGUAUAAAUUUCACAAAUAUAGAUGCACCAAUAAACCUUUUACUGUCUGAUACUAAUAUUAUUUCUUUUUAGAUCUAACCUGCUAAUUAAAUCUUUCUUACUAUGAAAUACAACACAUACAAACUCAUUUGUGUAAGGUAAUCAAUUAAACUUACAGGUCAGACUUUGGUUUAGAUCAAUCAAACUUAAAAUAAAUAAAUGUUCCUUGCCCUCUUUAAAGCAAAAUGCCAUAGUAAUAUUUCAAUGGUAAUCAUUGUUUAACUGGAUGAAACAUACCUUUACAAACCCACCUAAAGAAAUUCCAUAUUCUGUGUAGAUAACUUUGAGACAUCACAGAAUGCCCUAGUUUACAGAUUCACCCAGUUCACCCAAAAUGCCACUAUUUGUAUUCUUAUUUGGUUUUAUUCGACCUCUAUAUAGCUGCAACAAAACUCUUUAGAAUAUUGCAUAGUUUUCCAGAUAAAAUGGCGGCAAAAAACAUGGGAAAGUAAUUUGUGAAGAGAAACAGAGAGGAUGAACUGCUGCAUCAUCCACCAUGGCUUCCAACAAUAAAACAACAGCUCCAGUGAAACUAGUUAGCUCCACAACGCCUGCAUGUUAAAUAUGAUCCUCUGUGGUGAACGAACAAAUAUCCACUUAAGAUCCAGCAACCAUUUCUUUUAAGCACAAAUAGAAAAAUAUAGGUGCCUCACUCUGUUUACUCACUAUGUAGAGUGCUUGGUAUUUUAUAUUGGAUUUGUUUAGUAUUUCUGAGACUGCUGUUUUCACUAGUAGAGGCAAUAUUAACACAAUAUGGCAUUUAUGAGUGGCAAACAUGCAGAAUAAGCAAUUAAACAAAGAACUUAAAAUAAGAAUAUAAAUACCAGGUUCUUAAGAGGAUUUUUAUGAAUGCUACUGUUUGCUUCAGCCUUGACAUCUUCAUUUCCAUCAGUCAUAGCUUGUGCAUUAUCAGAGUUAAAUUCUUCCCCAAACAUGUAAGGUUUAACCCUUUGCAGCUGCAACAAUCUCCAUCUGUUUAAUCUGCAUCAUGUUUAUACCCAUCUAAGUGAUGUCCCUUCAGGAAAGAUCUUUCAGACUAGAUGAAAAUGCUUCAGAAUCCACAUUUGCAAUCUAUCAAAAGUCCUUUGUUAAAGCUAGAUUUUACUAAAGCCAAUAGAUCACAUUAAAACUCACUCUUUUUGUUGACCCCAGUUGUUUGUUACAACCCUUGCCAUCUAAUUUUAAUCCUUAUGACCCACUGUCACAAUAGAUCACCUGGAUCUUUACUCUUUGGAAAUAAACAUUUUGAUUUAUGUUUUUUGUUUAUUUAUCGUACAGUUAUUGAAAAGGAAAUGUUCCUCUGGCCAAUUGUAUUACAUGUUAUUUCUCAAAAUAAAUCAGGGUUGUGAUCAAGGGGAAAAAGACAGAUAUUGAUCAAUGGCAGAUUGAUUGGUGCAUCACUCGUCAUUAAUCUUUUGUGUAUAAAUAUAUCAUUGGAAAUAACAUUCUGUCACUAAAAAAGAUAAUUGGCUAAUAGCACAAGUAGCAUAAUAAUUUGAAAUGCAUUGUUAGUUUUGCAUAGAAUAUGGGGAUCUUUAUGACUAGAUUUGCAUGGGAAAAAUAUCUAUAACGUCUUACUUAUAAACCUACAAAGUUUGGAGGGAAUGCACUGUUGGUUCAAUUGACAAUAAAUGGUUUCUGGAACUUUA